CUUCGGAUCGGGUUCGAAUUUGAUUGCCAUCCCUACUUGGAGAGUUUCCGCCCUCCUCUUUUUCUCUCUCCCUCCAGCAAAGCUCAGCCACCACCAUCGGCCUUCACCUCCCACAUCGCCGUAUAUUUUUUCUGAUCACCGCCGCGGAAUCCCUGCUUGAAUCAGGAUAUUUUGUCCAAUUAAAUGAAGCAUAUUGUGAAAAUUUUGUCUAUACUGGUGGCUGUCGCUGCAAUGUGGAUUGGUCUACUUCAUAUUUCGAUAGUUCCAAAAAGCCAGACAUGGCUGCUACCUUUAUACUUGAUUAUAUCACUGGCAUGUUAUGGCCUAUUGAUGGUUGGUGUAGGUUUGAUGCGCUUUCCAACCUGUCCCCAAGAAGCAGUGUUGCUACAACAGGAUGUUGUCGAAGCAAAGGACUUCUUGAGACAAAAAGGAGUCGACAUUGGUUCUGAUUGAUGAGACUAUGCAGUGUCUGGCGAUUUGAGAAAUGAGCAAAAAGAAAGUGUGUUUUAGAAGAAGGGAGCGACAGUUGUUUCCGUAGACACCAGCCUGAUGAGUGAUGAGAAGGGUCGACAAAUCUAGUCUGCUAACUAAUCUUAAUUUAGGCCUUUAGGCUUUAGGGCUGUUUAUACUUUUACUUUGUGAGCUUAUCUUCUUUACAGCUUCAUUUUUUUGUCUACCACAACUCUCUUCUGAUUCGAAGUUGUGUUGAAUGGUUGGAUGUUGUGCUCCUAAGGCUAAAAGCCUUUAAAAUGGGGUGCAUGGUUAGGCCUUGUUGCAGUGUGCACUAAUGUGUAUAGAAAUUUUGUGAA